UCAGUAGUAUUUAAAAUAUUUUGCUUCUAGACUGCCAAUUCAGAAAAUUUACAAUCAUUUAAAUCAUGGAUGGUUCAGUGGCUGUUUUAACGAAGCAAGGAGCUUUUGUAAACUCAGAAACACGGAAGUCCGAAAAUGGUACAAUUUCAAAAAAAUAUACAGCUGUUUAUUACGAUAUUACAAAAUAAUUUUCUGUCUGAAAAGAGAAAAUUUGAUUCAUAGGAAUUCCUAUUAAAUAGAGUAUGUUGAGUAUGGUCGGUCUUGAGCGGACUGCUAGAGAGCCAUGGUAACCGGUAAACACGUCUGAGUAAGGAAUAGUUUUUCAGAUCGGAGUUCGAGACGUUCUAGAAUGUUGUGGGGGUUCAGUCCGGCUCUGGACCUCCUCGACGAGAUAAAGAGACACGGCGUUUUCCAAGGUAAGAAGGAGCUGAACGUCUUGAUCGUGGGGGCUGCCGAUGCGAGGCAUAUUCUGAAAACGCUCUCGAAAGUCUACACCCAUGAAACGGAUGUUGUGGUCAACUUUUACACGUUGGACGUCCUCGUCGAGUUGGUGGCGAGGCAGAUGCUCCUCAUGACGAUAGCCCUGGAGCCGGGCGAUAGACUCGGCCUCUCGGAGAAGGUCCGACUCUGGAUGGAAGUGUACGGCAAUUCUCUUUUGCGGCCCACUUCUGCCGAGUACCUGGUGCAAAAGUCGUACCAGCUGCUCCAGAUGGCGACUGACCCCGAUUUCCUUAGACGGCGGAUGCCGUGCAUAUCCUUAGAUUUGAUGAAGUACAAAGAGAAGGACCAGCUCGAGACGGUCUUCCGCUACUGGACGGACAACGAUUUCAACAUAAUCAAAAACUGGGAUUUGAGGCUGAGAAAGUCCCUGGAAACGAGGUACGAUGCCAAGCUGGGCGUUUUCGACUGGGAUUACCACAUGAAGCUGAAAGAGAAAGAAGGCACCGAAGUGAUAAACUCCAUAGAGUACAAACAAUGGAGGAACACCGGGGUGGCUUUCACUUGGCUUGAAACCGAAUACAGCUUGACCAAUCCGACGCUGGCUCUGGGUAUCUUCCCUCAAGGGGACAAGAUCCACAGCCACGGCUUCUGCGGAGACAUGGAGUUCGGACCGUACUUCACCUUCGGUACGGAAUGCGAGGACAAGGAGAUGUUCCAGAAGAAAAACGGGGUUUACAGAAAACGCGCGACUGACGUGAUCGAAAGGAAUCUGACGAGGUUGUUCCACGAGAUAGAAACAGAUUCCAAGCUGGAGUUUGUCGACGGCGACCGGGACAUGGGCACCGUUGUGACUGCGGUGCCGAAUCUCGACACGGAAAACGAAGCCUACGGCAUGGAUGUGGAGAUAAUCAAAACGAAAGAAGACUACGCGCCGAUUCCGACCAGGCACAACGUCAACUUCCUGCCUCUCAACGCCUUGGAGGUGUUUCCAGAGAAGGAAAAGUUCAGGGAUUUCUUCGAUUUGAUGUUCUUCGCACAGGGUUUGAUACCAAGGAUCAACGAAAACGUUUUGAAAAUGCUGAAGCCGGACGCCCCUCUUCUUCUCGAGACCAGAAUGUACUGUUUCACCCUGACAAAAGAUAGCAUGAAAGAAUUCGAAACCAAAGUCAAAGACGCCAUGAACGUCUUGGGACUCGAGCCAAUCGACAAGUGCGACAUGAACAGCCAAAGUAUUGUACGGUUCAAGGCAAAACCAACCAAAUAAAACUUUUGGCAGAUUUAUUAUCGAUGCACUUUCAUUCCAAUUUAAACUUCAAUGCCUAAAAUAAUACUAUUUCCAACGAUGUUUGUAUCAUACAUAAUAAAUCGGUCAUGUAUUCUGGAUCUUU